AUGCCAGCUUUAUUAUCCCUACAUUCCGAAGCUGCUCCAACCGCCCUGCUACUGGCCAUUGCUUCGGCCCUUCUUGGCGCUUACUCAGCAUAUCUCGUGAUUGAUUUCCGGGACGCGUCCCGACACCCUCGAGACUCUAAAAAAAAUUCCUCCUCUCCUUCUACACACCCCAUUCAACUAACCGAUCUUACAUCUUCAAAAUUAUCGACUAUCCCCCUGGCCCCGCUCCAACCUGUCCGUGCUGGCGUCGAGGAGCUCAUCGGCAACACCCCUAUGGUUGAGCUGCGAUCUCUUUCAGCUGCAACCGGUUGUCGCAUCCUCGCCAAACUCGAGCUCGCAAACCCAGGUGGCUCCGCAAAAGACCGCGUCGCUCUUGCCAUCAUCGAAGCUGCAGAAGCAGCCGGCCAAAUCUCUCCCAAUUGCGGUGAUGCCGUUUUUGAAGGCACAUCGGGAUCCACAGGAAUUUCUCUGGCUAUGCUAGCCAGCGCCAAAGGCUACACCGCCCAUAUUGCUCUCCCAGACGACACCUCCACAGAAAAAGUUCAACUACUAGAAACCCUCGGGGCAGUCGUCUACAAGGUCCGCCCAGCCUCCAUCGUUGAUUCGGACCAAUACGUUAACUUUGCGCGCCGCAAAACUAACGAGAUAAAUGCUGCUGCAGAUGCUGCUGCAGCUGCAAACCCAGAAGCCCCACGUCUCCCUCGCGCUGUUUUCGCAGACCAAUUUGAAAACGAGGCAAACUGGCAUACCCACUUUAAACACACAGGCCCAGAGAUUUUUGCGCAGACUGAUGGCGGGAAGCUCGACGCAUUCAUCACUGGAGCAGGCACUGGCGGUACUAUUGCUGGUGUCGCACGUUUCCUUAAAUCAACCAUAAAACGCUCUCCUGGCUCUACCCCAUUCCGUGUCAUUCUCGCAGACCCACAAGGCUCAGGGUUCUACAACCGCAUCAAGUACGGCGUCAUGUACGCACCCACAGAACAAGAGGGCACCCGACGCCGUCAUCAGGUUGAUACCAUCGUUGAAGGCAUUGGCCUCAACCGCAUUACCGUCAACUUUCAGGCCGGUGAGAAGUACAUUGACGAUGCCGUGUGUGUGUCUGACAAAGAAGCUCUCCAGAUGGCCAAGUGGCUCGUUUCACACGAUGGCAUUUUUAUCGGCUCUUCUUCAGCAAUUAACUGCGUUGCUACUUACCGCACUGCAAAGGCUUUGGGCCCAGGCCACACAAUUGUCACAAUUCUCUGUGAUUCUGGGUCUCGUCAUCUCUCAAAGUUUUGGAAGGAAGCUCAAACCGUUGAACCGUUGGAAUCUCUGGACAACCUAUAA